AUGGCAUCGCCGAGGGAACAUCGCAGCUACCGUUGGGAGUACUACAUUAGUGCUAUUGUGGUCAUCUCGGAUGAUAGUACGUCAGUUGCUGAUGAAGUACUCCAGCAAGCAGUUGAUACUGGAACCGCCAAAGUUAAUGGGAAUGUGGCCUAG